AUGCUGUCUCGGGCUCUGGGUAUAACGGAUUUACUGGUCCCCGUGGUGUCAGCCCGCCCCGCUGUGGGUGGAGGCCGAGGCCUUGCUACAUCCCGCAAGCCGGGGCCUCGAGUACCCCCAGCCCCCGGGUUCCUGCACGGGUAAGCCAGCCUGACCUGGGAGCAAUACCCCGCCACCAUGUAAGGCAAGCAGCAGCGAGUAGGCCAUAGAGGACACCCCACUAACACGGGUCUGUAGGUGGGAAUAACGAUAUCAUUCCCAUCAUCCUCAGCCAUCCAGGGCAUGAUGGGAAUUGUAGUCCACCAUACCUAGACUGACUACAGUUACAGUUAGCAUGACCUGAGCAGGUAUAUCAGGAUUCAUUGUAUGUAUCUGUGCAGGCCACAAUUAGUACAAUUUAUAUUAUUAUUAUUAUUAUAUCCCAGGUUCUUACUUGUGUUUUUGUCUUACUUUUUAUUUUAAACUUUUUAAAUAAGGUAUGUAAGAGCUACUUGUGUUUUUAUUUAUUUUUUUAUUGUUUUUUUUUUUUUUAGGUAAACCUGAAUGGACUUUAUGUUAUAGCUGCUGAUAAUCUUCCUCCCAGAAUAAAAUGUAUUCAUUUUAAAAGACCAUCUUUGGGAGUGAGAGUUAAUGAGCUGUAUAUGAGCUGAUUGAUGUGUUAUGGCGUGAUUUAAUGGUACAGGAUACAUGUGAUGAGCCUACCAGUGACAUGAAGUACAUAAUGUCCCUAAUACGGUAAAAGUGUAUUUUAUUAUUUGCCAUUUCGUUCAGGUGUGAUUAAGUGGCACAAUAACUCCAAAUAAUAAAAUAGACUUUUACCCCCACAUUCCGGGUAAGACAAAUACUAUAUGAGUUAGUUAUUUUGCUUAAAUCACACCUGAAGGAAACCGCAAAUAAUAAAAUACACUUUUACCCAUUAUACUAUCUUUAUUAUAAUAAUAAACUGUUUGCAAUACAUAUCUUUAUUUACGGGCUGAAGUUGGGUGUUUAUAAACUGGAAUUAGAAAUUCCCAUUUCCACUGGACACACAUUUUAUGCCCCACAGUAUAAUUAAUGUAAAUAUUGCCAUAAGAAAAUGAUCACAGAGGAAUUCUGCAAUGCAUAAUACAGGGCAUCACAUUUCAUGCACUGCCCCAAUGUGUAUCCAGGAAAGCAGACCAGUUUGGCAAUCCUACAUGGGAUAGUGUUUUAGCACCUUCAUUGUGCUUCCUGUAACAAAUGUGUAGACAGGAAUACAUUUUAUUUAACAGAUUACCAAUUCAAUAGUUUGAGCAGUUCCAGAAUGCUACCCAUUAUUUUAUGAGCGUAUGACAGGAUCAGACCAAAACAAACACUGCUGUUUAAAUGUUAAUCUGAAUGUUAUCUUUGAUUAUCCAGCAGGGGGAAAGCAAAAACCACCUCCAAGGCAACAAGACAGAAUUAA